AUGAAAGAAUCGUACAGCUCAAAUCUACAGAAGGCUGUAUCUUACACUCUAACAUGCGACAAUUGGACUGACUGCACUUUCCAGAGCUACUUAGGUGUCAGCAUUCACUACUUGUCUGAAGAUCUUCAGAUGAAGAAUGGAAUUUUGGGAGUCUUUCCACUCGACAAAAAUUAUACCGCAGUAUAUCUCAAGGACUCUCUUACGUCUGUGAUAACUGAUUUCGGUUUGGAUAAAUCAAAAAUCAUGGCAAUCACCAGCGAUGAAGCAUCGAAUAUAAGAGCUGCUACAGAGAGUUUGGUCGGCACAGAGAGACAGAUCUGGUGUUUCGCACAUUUUAUAUCACAUAUGGUACCUGAAAUAUUGAAUGAGAUGACAGAACUCACUAAAAUGAUUGAUAUUGCUCGAGAAAUUAUUAAAAUUAUUAGGAGAAGUGUUGUAGCCUGCGACGAGUUGAAAAAAUUACAAGUUGCCGAUGGGAAAACUGAGGGAACUACGCUCAAAUUCCUGCUUGAUGUUCCUACAAGAUGGAACUCCGAAUUUUAUAUGUUAGAGAGGUUCUUUCAGCUAGAAGAGUACAUCCCUGGGAUCAUGAGAAAAUGCAGGAAAACAAAAUUCCCAGAUCUGCUCAGCUGUGACCAACUCGAAGUUCUUAGUGAGAUUGUGGACCUCAUGAGGCCAGUGGAAAUGGUCAUCAGAGAGAUCAGUGGCAGUGAAUAUGCCACUGCUAGUGUCAUCAUCCCAAUUAUUGAUGGCCAUGGAGCCUGGCAAGGACGCAGCAAUUAA